AUGAAGCUCACGCUCCCCCCCAGGCCCGGCUUCCUCUCGGGCGUGCCCUCCAACGCCAUCGCCAUCGUGGGCCUCCUCGUCACCGUCAACCUCCUGAUAUGGGCCAGCAUCGCCAUCGUCCUGCACUACCACCCGGCGCUGAUAUCCGCCGCCGCGCUCUCCUACACCCUUGGCCUCCGCCACGCCCUCGACGCAGACCACAUCUCGGCCAUCGACCUCAUGACGCGCCGCCUCGUCAGCCUGGGCCAGCGUCCCGCCACCGUCGGCACCUUCUUCAGCCUAGGCCACUCGACCAUUGUCAUCGUCACAUGCGUCGUCGUCGCAGCCACGUCGGGCGCCCUGCGCGACCGCUUCGACGGCUUCACCCGCGUCGGCAACAUCAUUGGCACCGCCGUCAGCGCCACGGUCCUCAUCGUCCUCUGCGUCGCCAACGCCUUCAUCCUCCACUCCCUCGUCAGGAAACUCCAGCUGGAGCUGCAGCGUAGACGCGCCCCGGCCGCCCUGCACCAUGACGCGUCUCAGCACCACCACCUGCACGUCGAGGGCGGGGGCGUCCUGGUCCGCGUCUUCAAGUUCCUCUUCAAGGCCGUCGACCGCCCGUGGAAAAUGUACCCUCUGGGCGUCGUGUUCGGGCUGGGAUUCGACACGAGCUCCGAAGUGGCCAUUUUGGGAAUUGCCUCGCUGCAGGCCCUCAAGGGAACUAGUAUAUGGCUGAUUCUCAUCUUCCCCAUUCUCUUUACAUCGGGCAUGUGCCUGAUCGAUACGACCGACGGCGCAGCCAUGGUCACCCUCUACAGCUCAAAGGCCUUCUCGAGAGACCUCGUCGCAUUGCUUUACUACCAAAUCGUACUGAGCGGCAUCACGGUCCUGGUAUCUGCCUUUAUCGGCAUCAUUCAGCUCCUUUCGCUCAUUCAGAAUGUCGCCGAUCCAGAGGGCAGCUUCUGGGACGGCGUAGGUGCUAUCGGAGAUCAUUUCGACAUCGUUGGCGGCAGCAUAUGCGGCGUGUUCUUGCUUGUCGGUAUCGUGUCCAUCGUCUUGUAUAGACCGUGGAGAAGACGCAUCGACCGCCAGACUCGGGGACUCACCGUGGCUGAAGAUGAAAGCCAGGAUGGUUCUGAAGGACCUGCGUCACCGUUUGGCCAGCCUGCUGUCCCUCAGUCUGCGACGGCAACAUGA